CUGGCUCGUCCGACGUCCUCCCAGUCCAACACUCUAAACACAUUCACUGCUGGAUCCUGCUCGCGUCCAGGCGAUCUGAGCUCAGAGAAGAUGUCUUCAGAUGACCUGAUUGCGUGGUUCAAGUCCAGAAAUGGUACUGUCGACACAUCGUCGAUGGGAUUUGCAGAAUACCCUGCUUGCGGCCGCGGCGCCGUCGCUCUGAAGGACAUACCUCAGGGGCAUGUCCUGUUCACCAUCCCGCGCGACGUUACACUGUCUACGCGUACAUCCUCCCUCCCCUCCCUGUUCGGCAUGGAGGCGUGGAAACGGCUCGGAUUGGACAAGGGUUGGGCGGGUCUGAUUCUUUGCAUGAUGUGGGAGGAAGCACAGGGAAGCGUAUCAAGGUGGUCCGCGUAUCUCUCUUCCCUGCCUUCAGCGUUCGAUACGCCCAUGUUCUGGCCCGAUGAUGAUAUAAAAGAGCUCGCGGGGACUGCAGUGGUAGACAAGAUAGGCAAGGAGGAAGCCGAGCGAGAUUACGCGGAGAAAUUAAUUCCUGCUAUACAGGGUCGUCCCGAGCUAUUCCCUGAGGGUGCCCGCCAGCUUCAUUAUUCGCUAGAACGAUACCAUAUCAUGGGAAGUCGCAUUCUGUCUCGUAGCUUCCACGUCGAGCCAUGGUCUGGUGACGAGGAGCACGAUGAAGCGGCCGAGGAUAGCGACCCAGAAGGUCAGGCCAUGGACGUGGACCAACAAGAAGAUACACAAGGCGAAACUGCGAUCGGAGACACUGAGAGGCCGCCAGACGACACGUUAGAGGUUGACUCAGCAGACUCAGACGAUGAAGGCGCUGAGGAUUCCGCCGUCGUCGCAAUGGUGCCCAUGGCAGACAUGCUCAAUGCUCGUUAUGAGUCGGAGAACGCCAAGCUGUUCCAUGAGGCUAAGGAUCUGCGCAUGGUCACUACGAAGCCUAUCAAAGCUGGGGAACAGAUCUGGAAUACAUACGGAGACCUACCAAACUCGGAUCUGCUUCGCCGAUAUGGUCAUGUUGACCUUGUUCCGGUUCCGCAGCCCCUUGGUGGCCUUGGUAAUCCUGCAGACGUAGUCGAAAUCCGUGGCGACUUGGCAGUUGCGGCCGUUACGGAUGGCCAAUCUACAUCUUUGGGCGAACGGGUCGACUGGUGGCUCGAAAACGCCGACGAUGACACCUUUGUGAUUGGGACAGAUUGCGAGCUUCCAGAAGACCUCGUGUCUUUUGUGCGCCUCCUGCUGAUGCCCCUUGACGAGUGGGGGAAGACGAGCGGGAAGGCAAAACUUCCGAAACCAAAAGUCGAUCUCGGCGUGCUCACCGUUAUUGAGAAGACGCUGGCAAGACGCAUGCAGGAUUAUCCAAACAGUCUCGUGGAGGACGAGCAGCUCCUUGAGUCUGCGAAUGACGGUCUCUCGCUUAAUAGGAAGCACGCGAUCAUUGUUCGCAUCGGCGAGCAGAGGAUUCUACGAGGCACCCUGCACAAAGUGCGAGCGACAAAGGAGAGUAUGAAGCCUGCGUCUUCGAACACGAAAGACAAAAAGCGGCCCCGGGAAGCGACAGACUCAAACCCGCAUGGUAAAGGCAAGAAAAGUAGACGUUAGUCCAUAACUGUCUUGUUUGUCGUCCUCAGUAGACAGGAGCGCGCGAGGUCGUGUCUAAGACGGGCGACCUCUGGUGCAGCCUGCGAAUCCUCAAACAUUCAGCCCUAGUACUCCAGUAUGCGGUACGGAUCUCAUGUAUUGUACACGAUAGUUCUAUCCCGGCUUGCUGAUCCGCGUUGGAUACGUUCGCGUUCAACCUGUCGAGACCAGACUAAUGUCUAUGCCGCUGGUGUACAACCACUAGUGUCUACAAACACCCGAGUCGACGGCCCCAACGAACUUGGUCUCGUA